CACUGCUUAUAUACACAGUUUUUCUUUUCCUUUUUCUUUUAAAUUUCUACAUAUACAACUUUCAGAUUUCUAGCCCCCAUCUCAAGUCAGUGAUCCAACAACGUGCUUCUUGAAAAAGCACACAUCGUGGCUUACUGGUAUCGACACUGGAAUAAUAUUUCUCAUGGCAGCUUUUCGGACCACUCCAUGGAGGUUGAUUUCUGGGAUCUUAGCAGUAAUAUGCCUUCUGUUGAUGGCUGCUUUGGGAUUAUUGUUGAAAAAUUUAUUUCCUAAACAAAGUAUUGGGCCAAUAUCAUCACCAGGAGCCACAGAACCUCCGGAAGGCUCUGACUGCUGUUCCUGUCAAGAAAAGUGGAUUGGGUACCGAUGCAACUGUUACUUCAUUUCUAAUGGAAAAGAAACUUGGACAGAAAGCAGGGAUUUCUGUGCCUCUCAGAAUUCCAGUCUGCUUCAUUUGCAAAACGAAGAUGAAUUGAGUUUCAUGAACCACAGUAUAAACUUUUACUGGAUUGGACUGUCUUACAAUGAAGAACAGGGUGUCUGGCAGUGGGAGGAUGGCUCUGCUCUCUCCCCAGAUCUAUUUUCAUUGUCACAAACUGUAAAUAUACAGAAUUGCAUAACUUAUAGAGCAAGCGGAAGUACUCUGGAUAAAGCCUGUGAAAGUAAAAGCCGUUAUAUCUGUAAGAAGAAGCUUAUAGGAGCUUAUUUAGGUGUUUCUUAGGUCAGAAGGGGUAGGUAAUA